GGCUGGGGUUGUCUCAGGUGAGGCGGUCGCGCCGGAAGUGGCUCUGGCCGAGGCGCCUCUAUGUUGUACGGAGCCUGCGCGGGGAUUUGUUGUUAAGGGGGCGCGGCACCACCCAGUUGUCUUCACUUCCCAUUGCAGCAGCCAUGGCGAAAGGCAGAGUUUCCGAACGGUCGCAGACUGGAGCACUCCAGACGACCCCAGUGGGGGACGGGAACGCGGGGACGCGGGGCCCUGCGGCGCCGGGGGGCAGAGACUAUGUAAAAGAAAAAGCCUGGGCAGAAGCUGGGUCAGCAAGAAUGUCACUCCUUAUAUUGGUGUCUAUUUUCUUAUCUGCAGCAUUUGUUAUGUUUUUGGUAUAUAAAAAUUUUCCUCAGCUUAGUGAAGAAGAAAGAGUGAAUAUGAAGGUUCCCAGAGAUAUGGAUGAUGCCAAGGCUCUAGGAAAAGUUUUAUCCAAAUAUAAGGACACCUUUUAUGUACAAGUACUUGUAGCUUAUUUUGCUACGUAUAUUUUCUUGCAAACAUUUGCUAUUCCAGGCUCUAUAUUUCUCAGUAUACUCUCAGGGUUUCUUUAUCCCUUUCCACUAGCCUUAUUUCUUGUUUGUUUGUGUUCUGGACUUGGUGCCUCAUUCUGCUAUAUGCUCUCCUAUUUGGUUGGAAGACCAGUUGUGUACAAAUACCUAACAGAGAAAGCAGUAAAAUGGUCACAGCAGGUUGAACGUCAUAGAGAACAUCUCAUUAACUAUAUUAUAUUUUUGAGAAUAACGCCAUUUCUGCCUAAUUGGUUUAUUAAUAUUACAUCUCCUGUGAUAAAUGUGCCAUUGAAAGUUUUUUUUAUUGGCACUUUUCUAGGUGUUGCACCCCCCUCUUUUGUAGCAAUUAAAGCAGGAACAACACUGUACCAGCUUACAACUGCAGGGGAAGCUGUUUCCUGGAACUCAGUAUUUAUUUUGAUGAUUUUAGCUGUUCUUUCUAUUCUGCCAGCCAUCUUCCAAAAAAAACUAAAGCAAAAAUUUGAAUGAAAAAUCAUCUGGGUUUGGGUUUGCUUUCAUCAUCAUCAUCAUCACCAUCAUUAUCAUCUCAGGAUUAGCAGGUGCAUCCAUUUAUGUUUCUAAAUCACCUCUUCAGUAAUUGAAACGAGGAAUUUGUAAAAUAAUAUUUCCUAUCAGACAUAAAAUAAAUGCAUAUAAGUGUCAAGGUAAAAGAGGAAAGUAAAAAUGGAAAUUGAUAUACCAUGAAAAGUACUGUCAUCAAUAGUUAUUAUACACAUAAAUUAUUGUACCAAGGGUACCUAUAGGUAGAUACUAUAAUAAUAGCAUGGUAGGAAUUCUUGGUAUAACUGAUUCAUUCAAGUUAAUAUUUUUCUCAUAUCUAAUGAUUAAAAUAGAUAGUGGUGCAAUUCUUGGUAAUAUUAGCCUUCUUUCAGAGCUUAAGCUGGAUAACUAAAGUUUCAAAGAGAUUUGUUUUUUCUCUUUUUGCCUUUGAUGUAAUGAAUUUGUUUAGAGGUUGUAUCCUCAUAGACCACUGAAUAUAGAAAGGAUAUCAAGUUACCUAUUUUGUUAAUAUUAUUUUUAUUUCUCUUAUAGACUUUUAUCAUGGAUUAGUCUGGUAAUUUAAAUUCUGGCCAGUCUAUUUUCAUCCUUUUUUUCUACCUUUUACAAUGUUUGCACCGUCAUAUAAAAAAUGAGAAUUACAUGAUAACUAUCAUAUUGGAGUUGAUAAUUUAUAUUCAGAUAAUAUUUUGUUACAGUGUCUCUUUAAUAUCUCUGAAGCUUAUAGUUUUUAGACAUUAGAGUAAUUAUUUUGUAUUUUGAAACAAACAAUGGCAGCAUGGCACUAGUGGUUAAAUGUAGUUUAUUUGUUCUAAUGACUGUAAAAUUUACCUCAUUUAUUUAUUAGUCUGGUCAUUAAUUAUUACGUAAUUAUCCCUUUUAUGCAUGAUACACCUAGAAGAAUGCCUUGUUUUCCUGUGAUGGCUUUUUUUGUUUGGGACUGUUUUUGAUUAAUGCAGUUUCCCAAUUUAGAGUUUUUACUUUUCUAACUCAAAAAAGUAACUUCUCAUGUGGUAACUAUUGUACUUAAAUAGUUCUGGAAAAACUAAACCACUUUUUGCUGCUUGAUUAAUGGUAAUGCCCUUGGUUCCUUGUAUCCAGGAUACAGCCAUUCUAAAGUACUGUGUCAGUUUUAGCUUCAUCCCAAGACUGUCAUUAUGUUGAAAAGUGUUUUAGCUGUGUUAAAAAUCCUUUUAUGUUUUCAUUGUGAGAAGAUCAUCCUUAAAGUUUCUACUACAUGAUGUGGACUGAUUUAUUUUUUUCUAUCACAGUAUUAACAAAUGGAUUUAUUGUAAAUACAAAGAAAAUAUAUUGGUUAAUAUAGUAAGUCUUAUGUCACUUGGCCUUUUGUGCAGAAUUAUUUAUUAUUAUUUCUAGCAAUGUUUUCUUUCUUAUUGACCAGAGUCUGAAUGAUAAACUUUUGUUAUUUUUACAAAUCAAUUAAAACAUAGCCUUUUGGGACAAAGUUCACUAAAUAUUACCAUAUAAAAUGUAAUUGAGCAAAUUUUUAUCAGACUUUUAAAAAUAAAAGUAAGAGCUUGGACUCGGGAGAAGCCCAUUUACUCUGGUAUGUGCACAUUGUACUUACUCUAUUAUCAGAGUGUUUUCUCCAUGUUUAUUAUAUACCCUUUCGCUUUGCUAUUUAUUUUUCCUGUUAGAAAACUAUAGCUGUCAAUUUAGAUGGUGGUAUAUUUUCUUCUCCUAAGAGAAUUGCCAGUUUUUCCAGAUUCCUCAUCAGAGACUUCAUCGGGCUAAACCCCAAAUAUACUUGGUGGCCUGUAUUCAUGGAGUCACAGACUUGGCCUAAGUCCAAAUGUAAAUUCAAGCUUCAGCCAUCUACCCCAACACUUUUUUUUUUUUUUGGUGCUGGGGUUUGAACUCAGGACCUUGCACAUGCUAAGCAUGUACUUUUACCAUUGAGCCAUAACCCCAGCCCCUUUGGUCACAUCUGAAAGACCAUUAUGUAGUAGUGGCCACAAGAGAGCAAGCAUCUGCAAUGGAAGGUGAGUGAGUUAAAUAAAUAGAAAGUUGACAUACUAAGACACUAAGGCUAUUAUCUUCUUAAUUAAUGGUCUUUCUCUAGAGCUCUGUUACUUUGAGUGUCAUAUAUCUAAGAUACUUAAUAAAUGCAAACUAAAAUGUAAUAAUAAUAAUAAUAAAAUAAAUUGUACUGGAGAAACUUAAA